AUGGACAAAGUUCACAAAAGCGGCGUUGCCAUCAUUGGCGCUGGGCUAAGCGGUACCGCUCUCGCCUUGGCCCUCAGUCAGAAGUCUAUCCCGUGCCAAAUCUAUGAAGCAAGAAGCGCGGACGCAGAUGUGCUUACCAGCGGCGUCGUUCUGACUCCAAAUGGUUGUCGGGUUCUCGACGAAAUCGGUGUCCUCAGCCGCAUUGAAGCGAAAAGCUUUCUCUUCAAGCAGAGCAUCAUCAAGGAUGGCGAGGAUAAGACGAUUGCGACGACGGAUGUUUCUUCCCGAGACAAGAAGGGAUAUCCUGCCUAUCGACUGUAUCGUCUUACACUUCUGAAAGAAAUGAAGAAAAUGUUAGUGGAGCGAAAUGUUCCGAUUCACUAUGACGCCAAGUUCGAAAAGAUCAUCAGCGAUACCGCUGAUGGGGUCUCAUUUCAGGUCGGCAAUGAAGUGAAUCAUGCAGCAAUCAUAGUUGGAUCCGACGGCAUACACUCUACCCUCCGUCGUUAUCUUACGGACCGGGCGCCCGCUUACACAGGAUUAUUUUGCGUGUAUGGACACAUUCCAACGAGCCCUAUCAAUUGGCCUGACAAAGACUUCUACACUGGUAGCUGCACCGUCUUAGGCAAACCAGGCAGUCUAUUCAUGGUCCCCGAAGUAGCUGACGGUACAACGCUUAUGGUCGGCACCCAAUUUCCAUACCCAGAGCAAGACCGCGAAGGAUGGCAAACGUUAGCUGCUAAACCUGAGUCACUGGUUGCACUGCUUCACAAUGACUAUGAUGAAUGGCACAACACGGCAAGACAGAUUCUCGAUCAGUUAUGCAGCAUCUCAGAUUGCCUUUUGAGUUGGCCGUUUUACGAAAUGCCAAAGUUGCCUGCUUGGUCCUCAUUGUCCGGAAAUGUCAUCAUCAUCGGGGAUGCCGCUCACGCUAUGCCAGCAUCCUCCGGACAAGGUGUUAACCAGGCCUUGGAAGAUGCUUAUUCUCUGUCGAGGCUCAUCGCUGUAGAUUGGACAAGGGAAAAAUGGCCACUCAGCCUUGAGAUAUGGCAAUCUUGGCGACAGGCAAAAAUUGACCGCGUACUUCUGAUGACUCGAGCAACAAAUCUACGAAGAUCUGCAGAAGUCACCAGACAGACAUCGAACGCAGCAGCUGGUUUGGAACCGGCACUGCUAGAUCCGACUCGGUGGCUAUUUGACUUGGACAUAGAGAGCUUAGACGCAAGAUUGGCAGCAAUCUAG